ACUAAUUUUACCCUCUCUAUCGUGCGCACACAUGGGAGGAGAUGUAACCGGAACAUUCAUUAACGCCGUCGCCCCUUCCUACGGUGGAGGGCCGGCUGAACCUCAGUACGUUUCGGCGAAGACGUCGGUUUGGUGGGACAUAGAGAAUUGCCAAGUCCCGAAGAACUGUGAUCCGCACGCGAUCGCGCAGAACAUUAGUUCGGCGCUGUCUAAGAUGAACUACUGCGGGCCAGUUUCCAUCUCCGCCUACGGCGACACUAAUCGGAUCCCCUUUUCCGUGCAGCAGGCGCUAUCAAGCACCGGCAUCGCACUCAAUCAUGUCCCCGCCGGUGUGAAAGAUGCCAGUGAUAAAAAGAUUCUAGUUGAUAUGUUGUUUUGGGCUGUGGAUAAUCCUGCCCCUGCAAAUUAUUUGUUGAUUUCUGGCGAUAGGGAUUUUUCUAAUGCGCUCCAUCAGUUACGAAUGAGGAGAUAUAAUAUUCUUUUGGCGCAACCUCUGAAGGCAUCUGCAGCCCUUGUUGCUGCGGCCAAGAGUGUAUGGCUUUGGACGAGUCUUUCGGAUGGUGGUCUGCCUCUUUCAAGUGGUGAAUCAACUAAACUUGCUAAUGGUCGGAAUAGUUUUAUCUCUGAAAUGUCAUCGUAUAAUCCAAUUCCUGAGACGGUUUCUGGUUCCGAAAAUGUUACAAUGGGGCAAAAUAUAUCUAAUGCUGGAAGGAAUGGUGAUAUCAAAUACGAAGGGAAAUAUAUCAGGAAAACCCCAUAUCAGCCAACCAACUUAAGAGCUUCUAGUGUUGCAACAACUACCAUUCAAGAAAAUAUGAACAAUGGCUAUUCUUACCAGCCAGAGUAUGCACAGACAAAGUCGUUUAAGAAAGCACCGCAUGAAUUUUUUGGUGGUAGUGAGCCAGCUGUUUCUGCAAGCUGGUCUACUCCAAACCUUUUCCCCAGCGAUCCUAAUCCUUCAGGGAGUAACAAUGCUAAUUUUGUUGGCGUUCUGCAGAAUCAUCAUCCUCAUUCAGUGGGACCAAAUAAUCUUCCUCUGCGACCAGCUUUUCCACAAGAUAAUUUCCUACCCCUGAAUCCACAAAAUCAUGGUUUCCACCCGAUACCUCCUGGAGUGGAGGGGCCUAGAUUUCCUGCCCCAUUCUCAAAUAUGCUUGAUGUUGCUAAGUUAAAUAUCUCUGAACGCUCCACCUAUCCUCAAAAUGGUAAUAAUUUUCCUAAUCAAACUGGCCUACAUACACCACAAAGAAGCCAUUUAUUCCACAAUGGACAAGCAAGUCAGCAUGAUACUUAUACUAAUAGGUAUCCACGAGGUCCUGAAUUUCGACCCCGGACAUCCUCGGCAAUUUCAAGUUCUCGUAGUAAUGGUGUUUGGGGAGCUGAAGGACGUUCCCCACCUUCUGAAUAUGUUCAAGGUCUUAUUGGUGUUAUCCUAUUUGCAUUAAACACACUCAAAAAUGAAAAAAUGAUGCCUACUGAAGCAAACAUUACUGAUUGCAUUCGUUAUGGAGAUCGAAAACACUGCAAUACUAAUGUAAGGAAGGCUUUGGACAGUGCAAUUGAGCAACAAAUGGUAUUGAAGCAAAGUUUAGGAGCAAUGCAGUUGUAUGUUGGUAGAAAUGAGAAACUAUGGAAGUGUGUCAAUCUUAUUGGUGGGAAUCCUAACCAGUACCCAAAGACAACGUGGGAUGGAAUACAAAAGUUUUUGUCAUCCCCAAAUGGACGAUCAGCAAUGAUGGCUUCUCAAUCCAGAUAUGAAGCGGCUUUAGCUUUAAGAAAAGCGUGCUUGGAAGAUUUAUGUUUAGGUAAUGUUCUCCAGAUAUUAAAUAUGAUAAUUGCAUUGAAGAAAUGGAUUAUACAUCAUCAGUCAGGAUGGCAGCGAAUUACAGUAACCCUUCCAGAGACUAGAACAGAAAUAGUUACUGAGACUGCUGCUUGAUCUGGUCAAAAGUGGUUUUGAUACUGAAAGUGACCCAAAUGUGGUGAAAGAUUGUGUUUAGGGAAUUGGUUGAGGGAG